AUGACGCGCACGAAAAAGGGCCUCAAGCAGUUGCGCGAGCAAGAGCGAUCAGCGAGCGUGAUGAGUGUGGUGGGUGGAGCAGCAGCAGGUCCCUCUCGCGACGCAUCCAUCACGUCUCCAAGCUCUGCACGCAAGAGACCGCGAUUGGCCACAACUGUUCCACCUCUCCCGCCGCCGGCGGCGCAGAGCGGCGUGUUGCAUUCCAUCAAUGCGUGGCGACGGGUGAUGAAUUCUGGAGAGGAAGAGGAUGCGACUUUGAAGUGCGACGCUGUGCUGAGCGUCAAGCGCGGCUGGAAUGAAAGGUAUGAAGAGUUGUGCUUGGUGAGUGGCAAGCAACGCGCGGCACGGCCACGUGAGAAGGAGAGUGACGAAGGCCGAAGCCACCCACCCCACGUGCACCUCCUGAUGGCAGAUCGAAACGACGGCGAGCGGGGCGCGACUGCAUCUGGCCGUGCACCACGAGCUGGCUGAUGUCGUAGCCGAGUUCCUCUUGAGCUCGCCCAACUCUUGCAGCGCCUUUUGCAUUUCCAGCAGAGGAGGCAGCGUGUGCUCCAUCACCAAACCCGGCACCAGCGAGCCCAUUUUCGAAUACAAACGCGGCACAGUGCGCAUCAAGGCGUUGUGGAAGGAGGAUCUGUGGUGCGUCGUGGAUGAAGAGCGGGCGCAACAGCAUGCCUCGACGCGCGCGGUCAUGGCGAGCAGCAGUCCGGAAGCGAUGCAGCAGCCCUGCAGCAGCAGCACCACCACCACCACCACCACCAUCACGCCUUCCAUUGGAGACGGAGACGCAGCCGCAUGGCUCAAGACUCCCGCUUGUCCGGAUGUGAGAGGCAGCGCUGCGCUGCCACGUCUCCCCGCAACUUUAGCAAGCGAGAGCGUAUUGCUAGACCCCGCAGCCAAAAGAAGCAUCGGAGGGGUGAGUUGUGCCGAUGGCGGCGCGCCGAGCGCAACAUCGCUGACGCAUACUGGUUCCCACGCACGACCCCAGACGAUGUACACGCCGCUUUCGCUAUGCAAAGGCUCCGGGAUGCUCUUCAACAUGCUAGGAGUCAUUGUGACUGAUCGAGAGCCUAGGCGGUGCGGCUCAGGGACUGGAGGUGGGCAUGCACGCAUACGAAAACUUGAAAGUUGGGUUGGGCGCGCUGCUGCUGCUGCUGCUGACGUGCUUGCAUCGCACUCGCGCACACACAGACCCCAUGCUCGCAGUGGGCCUUCGGGACGCUUCUCUGCCCUCUGAUAGCUUGACCAUCAACAUGUUUGCGGACAGCUCGGCCGACCUGCCUCAUCCCGCACCUAUCGGUUCGGUGCUGCUACUGCGGAGUAUCAAGAUGCAAGCGCUAGCGGGAGUCAAGUACAAAGAUCGAGGCGACUGGGCUUUGUUGCACCCGAGCGCUGGACUUGUCACUUCCAGGGCACUGAUCAAGGCGAUCAGCCCAUCUGAGCAGGAAGCUAUGCGAAGUCUAGCAGCUUGGCACCUCGAUGCGCCUCUUGCUACUACCGCCACCGCCAGCAAAAGAAGGCAGAUCCAACUUUGCGAUUUGCAAAAAGGAACGUUUUGCGAUGUGGUGGUGGAGGUGGUCAAGGUGUUUAUACCGCGAUCGGAAACGAUGCAACCGCCAGAGGUGUACGUGACGGACUAUACGUGCAGCGCCAAGCUUUUGCGCGCAAACAAUUUCAAAUUGGGAGACAUGACGCCGGAAGAGGUGGAGAGGGAUCGGGAUCGGGGCAACAAAGAGGGAGGUGGAUAUGUUUGUGCGGUCAGCUUGUUCGAUGCGCAGACUCUGGCCGCUCAAACUCUCUGUGGAGGGGAUGUUGUUAGAAUGGCGAAUUUGAAACCUAAAGAGCAGCCUGGCGGAAUGCUCAGCGGCGUGCUGGGUGGUAGGCCAACGAUUACGGUCCUCAGACCCGAGAAUCCGGAAGCUGUACAGAUUGCAGAGUGAGUGCCGUGCGUUGCGUUGCGUUGCGUUGCGUUGCGCUGCGUGUGCAUGCGCAUGCGCAAAAGGGUGAACAUGGAGCUCACGCGCGCCGCCACUCGUGUGAUCAGUCGCAAGAGGCGAGUGAUGGCACAGCGACAGCAAGAGAGGCAGCUUCAUUUGCGUGAUGAUGAGGACAGUGACGACCAGGAGUGUGUGCGCGCAGCCGAUGCGGCCGAGGAGGAGCACAGUCACAGUCGGACAUUUUCUGAAGCCUCGCGGGAGUCAUCGCCUGCGAAUAGGGUGCAGGAACGCUUGCGGACGAUGGAAAGACACCGAGAGGUGCUGGGAGAGGUGCAGAAUUCGAGCGGCAGUGCGAGUCGUACGCAAGGUCAGUUGCGGGCGACGAUCGAUCGAGGGCAAUGCAGGAAAGAGGCUCGUUGUUUACGCGUCGCGCGUCGCGCGUCGCGCGUCAUGCCACCCACCUCUUUCUAGACGAGUCGAGCGCAUCGCAGUCUGCCAAUGAGCGGACGAUCAAGCCUGAACCAAUCUCUCCAGCGCACACUUGGACCGCGCCGGGUCUCGCUCCGGUGCAUUGUAUGCUGUCCAACACCAAGCCCAUCACUUUGCUGGACGAAAUCUUUGAGGAGAAGGAUGAGGAAAAGAGCAAGGGAGCAUUGCGCGUGCGCGUCAGGGCUGUGGAUUGCAAGCCGGACGAUGUGGAUCUUUGGGUUCGCGUGACGUGCGAGAUUUGCAAAGAACAGUAAGUCCUUACUCGCCUCGCGAGCUUCUCGACAUAGAGGAUUUGCGGGCAACUCAAGACGACGCAAGCGCCUCCUUUCUUUCCCCCCUGUAUCAGAUUGCCAAAGGACAGGUCUUUUUGCGCCGCAUGCGCCGACGAAGAAGGUUCUCAGUUAUCUUACAAGUACCUCUUUAGCCUGCUAGUGAGGGAUGCAUCGGACGAGGACGAGUCGGCAAAGUGGAACAAGGGCAAAUCCUUGCCCGUAGUGUUCAGCGGCGAAGCAGCUGUGAGUGUGCUUCGUGCUUUGUCCUCCUGCUCUUUCGGCACCGCCUUUUGCGUUGUGGGCCAACAACACGUUUGCGCCGCCCCUUCCCCCGCCGCUCCUUUCUUUGCGCCUCAGGAUCACUUUUUGCAUGGUCUGAGCGCUCGUCAAGUACGCAACGAUUGCCGUGCGCUCUCGAAGCUCCGAAAAAGACUGGUGAGGAUUCUGGGCAGAUGCAAAGCUCUUGGUUUGCCAGAAGAGGAUGAAGCAGACGACCUGGCUAUGCCGUUCGAGAUGGGUAUAAUCGUAGAGAGACCGCCCGGAGGAGGCUCCAUAAGGGCUAGAUUGCUCAAAGGUAGCACAUUGGAGAAAUAG